AUGGCAGCAGGGCCUUCACAAACAGCCAAGAAAAGAGCAAGAAAAAAUGAAGCCCGCUCAAUUCUGAGUGAGGUGACUACGGACUCAGAGGCCAGGAAUCUUUUGCAAAAUCAACCUAAACUCACGGAAAAGUCCAGAGUGAAGAAGCCUUCCAAGCAAGCGGUAAAGAAACAGCAAGCUAAAAUUCGGUUGUACGGGGCCAAGAAUGGAAAGGAAUACAGAGAAGAUCAGCUUGAAAUACCUACGCUAAACAAAGCAGUUGUUCCCGGGAUCAAAGCGAAGAAAGGGAAGAAAGGUAAAAAAUUCGUGGAUGAUCAUGACAGCUUAAAACUCAAUCUUCUUGUCAAAAGCAUCAAUGAUAAAUACGAUCAGGUGAACGAAUCGAAAUUAGAAAAAUCCAGACGAUUAGAAGAAAUCCGCGAGUUAAAACGUCAAGACUUAGAAAGAAAAGAGCAAGCAAAGGUGGACAAAUUAGAGAACAAGAAGGCUGAUAUCAAAAAUAAAGCCAAUGUUGCGAGGGCUGCGAGAAGAAAAAAUGCCCGCGAUGCUAAAAAGUCUGAAGACGAAGGCGGUUCAUCCGAACAAAAGUCAAAGAAAUCUGUUUCGUUCGCAUGA